GAAAUCUGCCCCUCUAUUCUCUCAUUGUUAUGUGGUUUAAGGGUGCACGGCCUUCCCCCCUUUGAGAGGGGAGCGUGAGACUGGUAUGUAUAAAUUCUAGAGGGUACUCUGCGCUUUUGGAGUAGGGGUGUUCAAAGUAGGUAUGUAGGUAAAACAAAUACCAAUAAAGCUGUUUUGUAGUGUUCUACAAAUUCCUUUGUGCACUGUUGUAGCCAUUGUGCAGGGUGCAGCAGCAUACCAGCACUGCACCUUUGCACAAUAGUCAGCUGAAACAUUUUCAUUUUUGUUUAUUUCAGCUGUGAAAAUGGUCUGGCAACAUAUGAGGGAUAGAAUAAUUAUUACGCCAUGCGAGCCAUCCUCUACUUCACUAAAAUUGAAUUAGAAUUGCAAAUGCAGGAAAGGAACUGAUUGACCUCCUCUAUAUUUCUUGAGCGUUAAUAUCAUUUUGAAGAGGCGAACGAGGUUAUGAGUGUGUUCGUGAGUGAUGCCUUCGCUUUAAUGACCUGUUCCAUUAUCAGGAGCCGAGGCCUGACGGUCCCCCGGAAGACUCCAGUUGUCAGGGGUAACAGCAUGAGCUUCCCCUAGCUACCAUGGCGACCAUGAGAUGUGGCAGGCACCGUACACACACCGGGUACAGAGGCAUGCCACACUUGCAUUGCUUUUGCAUUCUACAGUUGGUUGGCUGGCAGGCGAGAUGUCAUCCAGGCAGUGCUGCAGUUGCUUUUCAAGAGACUUGAAGGCUCUUUCGUUUCCUGGGAGGAAACAUCACUUCCUCUGUGCCAAGAUGAUGGAUAACCCAGUUGGCCGCUGCACAGCCUCCCCUGCACCUUCAGCGUAGAUGAGGAAAAGAGGAGGAGGAGGAGGAGCGAUACAGCUGAGGAGACCCCCCGAGCCCCCUCAAAAGGUCCCACCAUGCCGCUGCUGGCUCUCCUGCCUCUGCUCCUGCCAUGACCUCUGACUCCUUUCAGUGAGUUGGCAGCCCGACAGGAGUCUGCUCAGAAGUUUAAAGCCUCGGCGUGUUCCCACAGCGUGCAGAGGGUACACCAGACCCCUCCAAAGUGACCUGAAUCAGCAGCUCCAAAAGAACAAAGAGGUCUGCCUGCAGUAAAAUCAAAAAGUCUUGACUGAGAACAUACAGUAUACCAGAACCCAAGACCUGAGAUGGCGUCGAUGAAGGACAGCGACACCGGCCUGUGGCUUCACAACAAACUAGGAUCCACGGACGAGCUGUGGACGCCUCCGAGCAUCGCCUCUCUCCUCACCGUGUCCGUAAUAGACAACAUACGGCUGUGCUUUUCGAGCUUAUCGCCGCCGGUGAAGCUGAAACUGCUGCUCGGGAUGCUGCAUCUUCCCCGGCGGACCGUUGACGAGAUGAAGGAGGCCUUGUCGGAGAUAAUCCAGCUGGCCACGGUGGAUUCAGAGCCCUGGGUGCUGAUGGUUGCAGACAUCCUUAAGUCCUUCCCGGAGACCGGCUCUCUCAAUCUGGACUUAGAGGAGCAGAAUCCAAAUGUUCAGGACAUCCUCGGAGAGCUCAGGGAGAAAGUGGGCGAGUGCGAGGCGUCUGCCAUGCUUCCUCUGGAGUGCCAGUACCUGAACAAGAGUGCGUUGACCACUCUGGUGGGACCCCUCACACCCCCCGUUAAACAUUUCCAGCUGAAGAGAAAGCCCAAGAGUGCAACCCUCAGAGCAGAGCUGCUACAGAAAUCCACAGAGACGGCCCAGCAGCUGAAAAAGACAGCCGGAGUGCCUUUUCAUGCCAAAGGGAGAGGCUUGGUCAAAAAGAUUGACACUACUACACCUCUCAAGGGGAUUCCCAAGGCCCCGUUUCGCAGCCCCACUGCCCCCAGUAUGUUCAGCCCCCCCAGUAACCGCACACCUAUUGCCCCUGCACGGACGCCCCUGCGCAAGGAGAGAGGGGUCAAGCUGUUAGACAUUUCAGAGCUGGACAUGGUCGGAGCUGGAAGAGAAGCUAAGAGGAGAAGAAAGACUUUGGAAACGGAAGCCGGAGAGAAAGCAGCCAAAGAAGAAGCAGUGGUGGAAAACACCACACCCGACUACGCUGCUGGCCUCGUCUCUGCACAGAAACUUGGGGCGUUAAACGAGAACCCUCUGCCGUCCACCAGCUACCUACCGGCCACACCCAGCAUGGUUCCUUCCUCCUCCUACAUUCCCAGCUCAGAGGCACAGCCAGCAAACGCAGGCGGUUCGGGACGGGACACGCUGCAGUCGGCUCGCCAACCGGAGGAGUCAGCGACAGCGGGCGCCGGCGCCACCGCCACCUUACCAGGCCAGUACAAACAGAGGACGCCGAUGUACAACGCGAGCACCACGGCAAACCCCGCAACCCCCACAUCCCCCAGCACGCCAGCCUCCACCCCCGCCAGCAACGGGCCCCCAGCAGCUGCGACUGCCAGCCAACCCGAGACCCCCACCCAGCCUCCCAGCACACCUCAGACUCCUACACCGACACCAACCCCCACGCCACCACAGCCCCAGCCCAAAAAGAAUCUCUCACUCACGAGAGACCAGAUGUACGCUGCCCAGGAGAUGUUCAAGACGGCCAACAAGGUCACCAGACCAGAGAAGGCCCUCAUUCUGGGCUUCAUGGCUGGAUCCAGAGAGAACCCGUGCCCGGAGCAGGGGGACAUCAUCCAGAUCAAACUGAGCGAACACACGGAGGUUCUGCCCAAAGCCGACGGCACCGGCAGCACCACCAUGCUGGUGGACACAGUCUUCGAAAUGAACUACUCCACAGGACAGUGGACCCGCCUCAAGAAAUACAAACCCAUCACCAACACCUCCUGAGGCGCAACAGGAGGAGGAGGAGUCACUCGCUCAGCACAUUCGACAUUUCUUCACUUCAGAAACAUGUUUACACACAUACAAGUAUUUGCA